UAUACGCAAAUAGUAGCUCCGUGGCGAAACACAGAGACAGUUCUUGAGAGAGAAUCCUUCAAUUUUUGUGUGGAUGGAGAUUAGCCCAUCUCCAUCCUCCAGAAUCCCAAAAUAAAACACGAAGAACCCAUCAACGUAUACUUAUAAACGAUGUCAUUCUCUCUUCUCUCACUUCCUAUUUCCUCUCUUCCUUCUCGAACCACCAAGUUUUUUGUAUCUUCACCUCUCUUUGCUCCUGUUUUUUCUCUUUAUCCUCAUUCUUCUCUAUAUGGCUACAACAUCACAAGGACCUCUCUAUCUUGUCAUUACAGACCAAGAGCAAGUUCUGGAGUUAAUUCCAUGGAAAGAAGCCUAGAUGGGAAUUUCAGGGUUUGUUCUUGCUCUAGUUCUGUUUGUGGUUUUGCUGCUGUUGGUGGUGGAGAGGGAGGAGAAUUUGAAAGAACGAGAGAAGAAAAUGUGAGAAGAGGACAAGUAGAUGAUGAUGAGUGUGGUAGCGAAGACGAAGAAGAAGCAGAAGAAGAGGAGGAAGAGGAAGUAGAGAUAGAGGCUUUAAGUCCAACUGCUGUUUUGCCUGAGAGAUGGGAUGUUCUUGGUCUUGGUCAAGCUAUGGUAGAUUUUUCUGGCAUGGUUGAUGAUGAAUUUUUGGAGAGAUUGGGAUUAGAGAAGGGAACAAGGAAGAUUGUGAACCAUGAGGAGAGGGGUAAAGUUUUGCGAGCGAUGGAUGGUUGCAGCUAUAAGGCAGCCGCUGGUGGAUCUCUUUCAAACAGCCUAGUGGCCUUGGCAAGGCUCGGUUGCAAGUCCAUUUCAGGACCUGCCUUAAAUGUAGCUCUGGCAGGCAGUGUGGGGAGUGAUCCAUUAGGUGACUUCUACAGGGCAAAAUUACGGCGGGCAAAUGUGAAUUUUCUCUCUGCACCUCUCAAAGAUGGAACGACAGGAACUGUGAUAGUUCUCACCACUCCAGAUGCUCAGAGAACCAUGCUUGCAUAUCAGGGUACAUCUUCAACUGUUAAUUAUGACCCAUGCUUGGCUAGCGUAAUUUCCAAGACAAACAUAUUGGUAAUUGAAGGUUAUUUGUUUGAACUUCCUGAUACGAUUAAAACAAUUUCAAGAGCAUGUCAAGAAGCACGCAGAAAUGGUGUACUGAUUGCAAUCACAGCUUCAGAUGUGUCCUGCAUUGAGAGACACUAUGAUGAUUUCUGGGAAAUCGUAGAGAACUAUGCAGAUGUCAUAUUUGCAAACAGUGAUGAAGCAAGAGCUUUAUGCGAUUUUGCUCCAAAGGAAAGCACGAUUUCAGCUGCAAGGUAUCUGAGUCACUUUGUACCGCUAGUUUCUGUUACUGAUGGGCCAAGAGGCUCCUACAUUGGUGUAAAAGGAGAAGCUGUAUAUAUCCCUCCUUCCCCAUGUGUACCGGUGGAUACAUGUGGUGCUGGCGAUGCAUAUGCAUCUGGUAUCUUGUACGGCAUUUUACGCGGGGUAUCAGAUUUGAAAGGAAUGGGGACACUAGCAGCAAGGAUUGCAGCCACGGUUGUUGGGCAACAGGGUACCCGACUUAGAGUUCAGGAUGCUAUUAAGUUAGCAGAGUCAUUCGCAUUUAAUCUGGAGACUUCCACCAUUAGGUCAGAUGUUGGUUCUGAUCAUAUUUCCAGCUUAUAGCAUGGUGGGUCAAGCAUUUAAUGCUUGAUUUCUCAAUUCUUUUGGUAGAUACAUUCCUUUGUUAAUAGCCUUGUGACCAUGUACAUUAUUUUAUCAAUAUAUAUACACUGAUCAUACAGGCAAUGAAUUUGCCAAGUUCACCCAAAUUUUUCUGAACCAGUACUACAGUGUUUGUUUUGUAAUACAGAAGUUGUUUAUGGGUUGAGCCUGGAUUUGAAAUAUGCCAAAUUUGAUGAA